AUGGUACAAAGUGAUGCCCGAGAACGCAAGACGAGCUCGCAUAUCUCAUACAUCAGCGGGGAACAGCCGAAAUUGAAAGUCAAAGACAGUGCGAAGCCACGACGCAGUAUCGAUGUCGAUGAGUUCGAAGCCCGACGCGGAACGCUACACAAAGGAUGUUGGAGCAGGCCACACGAGGCGUGCGACUUGAGGCAGCCCAACGCGCACGCGUUGGUGGACCAAGCCACACAACAAGAUCGAUCAUCCCCGGCUAACGACUCCGCCGGAAAAUCUCCUCGGCCUGCGGCGAUUGCAAUAGAUCCAGCAUAUCGGAGUAAAUCUGAAAUUUGGCAUGCGGAGACUAGGGUUAGGGCUCGCGGCGCUUGGGAGUUUUCGGCAGACACGCUUGUGGCUGUUGCUGACGACUCGUUCGGCGCGCUUGCGUUGGCGGCCACCGCCGAGAGACGUGAGGACAGAGCAAACCAGAGCGCGCUUGUUUUUCCGUCUGAUGGACAGCCUUGUCAAUUUGCGAAGCGUGAACAGGCACCGUUGGCUGACGAAGAUAAGGGAGAGAAACUUCGACGAGUCGAGACGCGCCACAGGGGCGAGAGCAUAUGGAACGACCGGCGUCUGAAGCUGAGAACCAUUUGAAUGAAGUUGAUGUCAUGAAAGGGCUACAGUCAUAUUGAACGCUAAUGCGUAACUACCCGUG